GGAGGGUAUAUAUAAAGGGCUGACGGGCCAUUACUUGUCCUCAGUUCGUGUUGACUCUCGCGGUAUCUACACACUCACCUCUCUUCAAGACACUACAGGAUGCGGGUGGGAGUGUUGCUAGUGUGUGCCGCGGCGUGGGUGACAACUUUACCUGAAGCAGAAGGAACCCUCAGCUUCGCCACCAGCCUCGGCGGCCUGGCUGCGCUGAAGGUUCUCAAAUACGUCGGGUUGACGAAGCUCAAAGAGAAUGUACUAGGUUCAGGGCAGUCUGAGGGCGUCACCGAUUUACUCGACUCCGGUUACGACCAAGAGCAGCACCACAACACCGCCCUCUACACUGGUGCGGGCGCCCCUGGACCCUACUACAACCCCGCCCACUACACCGGUGCGGGCGCCCCUGGACCCUACUACAACCCCGCCCACUACACCGGUGCGGGCGCCCCUGGACCCUACUACAACCCCGCCCACUACACCGGUGCGGGCGCCCCUGGAGGCUACUACAUCGUCCCUGCUUCCUACUUCGACGACCACCGCAUCAGGGUCAAGCGGGACACUCAGGAGAAGAUUUUGAUUGGCUCAGAUGAGGAGGAAUAUUUCGAUAUGAUUGGUGACUUGGACGAGGACGGCUGUGUGCUGAGGACUGUGUGUGAGCUUUCCGCCGCCCCCUACAACCACCUCACCCCGGACGAGCAGCUCAUUAUGGUUGCUUUCAGCACCGCGACCGACGCCCCAACCUCCGAGGCCCUGCGGACCCAUAAGGGCACCUACGACCGAGCUGCCUGGCUAGGAAAAACGUCGACCGGUGCGGACCAGUCUUGCUCCACCUUGUACAGCAGCUGUCCUGCCUCCGCCCAACAGUUGAUGGGGGUCUUCUCUAUUCUGGAAAAGACCCAGCGGCCACGACCCCCUCACCAGGCGGCUCCUGACGCCAGCCAAGUCUCCAAGGAAGUCCAGGAGAACGUGCAAGUGCGAUAAGACUAAAAUUGCCUUUCUUAUCUUUACCCUCUUAGGAAACUAUCAAAGAUAUUAUGUAUUUAAACAUAUGUUUGUAUGUGAGCUUCGUUAGGUUUUGUUAGUCUAAAGUUUAUGUAUUAAACCUUUUUUCCCAUUUAUACCCAACUUCUGAAUACUGCAAAAAAUCUUCUUAAUAUUCCAUGUGAAGACUCAGUUAAGGAAAGUGUGUAUUUAUCUUCAAGACUUUUUGAGGUGCAGGAACGGUCUCAUGGGACUAUAAGAUGUGUAAGAGAAAUAGGACAUAAAUGUUUUAGUUCUGGAUGGUUUAGUCUGUCCUCACGUGACCUUGAUCUACUCGUGGUCUAAUAUGGAUCUACUCAGACAAAACCCCCCAGAGCUCUAACGUGCCGUCAGUGUAGUAAGAUGUAGUGGUCAGUGUAGACGCGUUGUGGGUCAACGCUGCUCUCACUGACAAUAAUACCUGAACAAUUGCUCACGUAGAGUUGAUGUAACGUCUUAGGAUGAGUAACCUGGCGUUCACCCUUAGACUGUUGCUUGAAUUAUGGAGUAGGUCUAGUGUGCGUUUAGAUCAGUCUGUACCGAGAUACCUCAAUGGGGUGUAGUGCAUCCCCUAAUAAACAAAAAUUAACACUAAUUAUUUUGUUACCUGUACUACAUUUCAUGUGAGUUUAUAAGAAAAUAAUAUUGUUAUUAAAUAUUGUUUUAAAUCUGUCACCUUAUCCUUUCCCCUUAUGGCCCAACACACGGUCACUUUGGCCUGUAAGUCGGACCAUGGAAUUCCGGUUUAUGCAAACUGAGCUUUCACACACACACACAUGUCCAGCCCAUACGACCACGUACUGAUCGCUAUAAGAACAGCCCAAUCCCAACC